CUGAGAUUUUUCCACCAGCAAGAGAAAGGAAGAUGAGCGAGACGAGACCAGUGCCGAGAAGAGAGAGUCCAUGGGGCUUACCUGAAGGUCACCGUGAGCCCAAAGCUCAUCGCUGCAACGAUCGUGUCGAGGACGUCGUCCAGGCGUUUUUCGAGGGAAACCCAUUCAAGACGGUUCCAGGGCCUUUCAAACUAUUCUACCGAUGCAUGCGCUCUAAGCCAGGAGAAGAACCAACAGAGCCAUUCACAUACCUCGACCUGGAACCUCCAAAAAGAGAAGUUAAACUUGAGUAAAGUGAAAUUCACUCCUUUUUCUUUUCCUUACCAACUUUUUAGCUGAGCAUGUAAGCGCCAAGACUGUGAUUUUAAGUUUCCCUUCGACAUGUAUCAGCAACAUAAUGCUAAUAAAAUUGAUACUUGGAGUUCCAUUUGAAUAUUAUCUUCUGAUGA